AUGGGAAAAAAGAAGAGAAAAAGUGAGAGCAAGAUCUUUAGUAUUGGAUUAAGAUCUUUGAAUUCUGAUCUUGUUACUCCUAAGGAUCAAUCUGAUACCAGUUUCGUUGAAGAUGAUGAAGAAUCUGAUCUCAAUGCUAUGGGGUCAACGGGACCAAAGGGGGAGAAAUUGAGGAAAUCUAUGGCGGAAAUCUUAUCUUCAAGCUCCAAUUCUCUUCCUCUGAGCUCUCCUCCGGUGGCUGGGGUUAAAUCUCGUUUACUCUGUAAGUCUCUGCACUCUGAAUCUCAUAGAUCUGAUAGUCUUUCUUGGGCUGAUGCUAAAGAUUCUGAGGAAUUCCUUUUAUCUCAACAUCUUUCUGCUAAAUCUUCAAGAAUCUUGGAUUCAAAUACAAUACCUGAUCCAGGAAAAACUUUUCCUGUUGAGAAAUUAUCUGAUGUAGUUUCUUCAGAUGAUCAAAAUGAGUCAAAAAAUGAAAAUACAAAUGGAGUUUCUCUGGAUUUUCCUCCUCUAGAGUCUGGCAAAGUCUUGAAAAAUACGAUCCCUGCUAGCAGUAAUGCAAAGAAAAGCUGGAUUAGUUUCUUUUCUGACAAUAGAAAGCUUGGUUGUGGUCUUGAUUUGAAUUAUGUUCCCCCAAAUGAAAAAGAUACAGUGUUUUUUGAGGAGGAUGAAUGGUAUGAAGGUGCAUCUAUUUGGGAUUCUGCACUUAUUGGUCAAGUACUGGGGAUAUAUAUCAAGUUUAAGGCUAUGGAAUCUUUUGUUCAAAAGGUUUGGUCACAUUUGGCUUUACCUGAGAUCUGCAUUCUUAAGCCAGGACUAUUUUUAUACAAAUUUAAAAGCAAAGAAGAUAUGAGGAUUAUUCUGGAAAGUGGUCCUUGGUUCUUUGGAUCUAGACCCCUUCUCCUUAAACCAUGGUCGAUUGAUGAAGAAAUAGGUAAAAGAAAUGACUGCUUGUAUCCAAUGUGGAUUCAGUUUCCAGGUCUAAGACUGAACUUGUGGAAUGCAAAAUGUAUCAGUAAAAUAGCAAGUCUUAUUGGCAAACCUAUUGCCACUGAUAAGCUUACUGCAAGCAGACAGACGCUAGAAUAUGUUAGAGUUCUUGUUGAGGUUAAUAUGUCAUCUCCUCUUCCAGAUCAUAUCUCCAUUCAGGGGCCAAAAGGGGAAAAUAUUACUCAGAAGGUAAUCUAUGAAUUAAAACCUAGAUGGUGUGAUUUUUGUAAACAAGUGGGACAUGAAACAAGCUAUUGCAAGAGGAAAACUGGAAUACAAAGAUGGGUCCCUAAAAGCAAAGUUGUUUCCAAAGAUAAAAAUAAGCUUGAGAACAACUUGAACCCACUUGAUGUUCAUGAUAUUGCUCAAAAAAAGGCUGUUGAUAAAGGAAAAGAAAUCAUUCAAGAUUCUGCAAGUUAUGAUGACUGUAUAAAUGAUUUUCAGACUGAAAGGACCCCUGUGCAUGUUGUACAUGAUAAGAGCCUGAAUGAGCAUAGCAGCAGGUUUGUACAGUCUGGUGUAAAAUUGACUGAAAAAGAACCUAUCUAUAUACAACAAGCUCAUAUGGCUGUGCAUGUUGAUGAAUGUGCACAAAAACCUGAAUCUGGUUCAAAGCAAGUACUUGGUUCUGGGAAAAAUGCUGAUAAUUCUUGGAUACUUGUUCAAGCUCUCCUGGAAACCAAAAUCAAAGAAUCAAAAUUAUCAAAUUCUGUCAAGAGGAUUACAAAUGACUGGAAAUGGUUAUCAAAUGUCAGGAACUCCUCUAAAGCUAGGAUUCUUAUUCUGUGGGAUCCUAGAAUUCUGGAUACUCAGAUUGUAAAUAUUUCAGACCAGCAAAUUACUUGUGCAGUUAAAUCAUUUGAUGGGAGGCUGGAUUGUGUCAUCUCAUCUGUAUAUGGUUUCAAUCAGAUGGAGGGUAGAAAAGAAUUAUGGGCAGAUUUAAUUCAUAUUCAGAAAUCAAUAGGAAAUGUUCCCUGGCUCAUCUGUGGGGACUUUAAUGCAAUGACUGAUAAAGAUGAUAAGCUUGGUGGUGUAGUCCUCUCUGACUCAGAUACCAGGGACUUCAGCAAUUGCAUUGCAGACUGUCACCUAAACCACAUGAAAACACUAGGCUGUUUCUAUACCUGGAAUAACAAGCAAGAAGUAGAAACAAGAGUAUGGAGCAGACUGGAUAGAGCUCUAAUAAAUGAUCAAUGGAUUUCUGCCUAUAAUUCAAGUUAUGCAGAAUAUUUGUUACCUCAAUUUUCAGACCAUUCCCCAGGCCUGAUUUCUAUCUAUGAGGACUGUUUACAAGGGAAAAAACCAUUCAAAUUCUUCAAGAUGUGGACCAAACAUGCUGAUUAUUUGCCUACUGUUUCUGAUAUUUGGAAAACAGAUAUUCAAGGGUGUGCAAUGUACUCUGUUUACACCAAACUCAAAAAGCUGAAGGAAGCUUUGAAAAUACUAAACAAGAGACAUUUUCACAAUAUUAGUGAACAGGUUCAAAGAGCAAAAAUAGUCUUGGAAGAUACUCAGAGCAAACUUCAAAAUAACCCUCUAGACACUAUACUCAUCAGUAGAGAAAAAGAAAAUCUUUCUUCUUAUAACAAGUUGCUAGACUGUGAAGAAUCAUUCUAUCAGCAAAAAGCUAGAAUAGCUUGGAGUGUGCAUGGUGACAGAAGCACAAGUUAUUUUCAUUCUACUGUCAAAAGGAACAGACAUAACAACAAUGUGGGUGUUCUUUAUAACAGUAGAGGGGACAGGAUUACUGAUGGGGGGGAGAUUGUUACUGAGCUUAUUUCUUUCUUUACUAAUCUGUUGGGCACUUCUGUUGCUACUUCUCCCCCAGACAAGAACAUUAUCAAAUCUGGUCCUUGUCUGUCUGAAGCUCAAAUCAGGGAUUUAUCAAAACCAGUAUCUAUAGAGGAAAUUAAAGAGGCUAUCUUCUCCAUGUCUGAUAACAAAGCUCCAGGGCCUGAUGGAUACAGUGCUUCUUUCUUCAAAACAGCUUGGCCUGUCAUUGGUGAAGAUAUUUUAAAAUCUGUAAGGGAUUUCUUUAGGAAUGGCCUAUUGCUUGCUCUGUUAGAACAAUUUGGUAUAUUCAUGAAAACAAAGAAUCACUUUGGAUUAAAUGGGUUCAUGAGAGCUAUCUCAAAUAAGGGAUCAAAAAUUAAACUCUCUGCUCUAUAUGAAGCUCUUGCCCCUGCUGCCAGUAAGGUUCAGUGGUACAAAACAAUUUGGGAUGAUUUAUCUAUCCCUAAACAUUCAUUUAUCCACUG